UAAUGAUCAUUGGAGUAUCCUUAACCCUUUUACAGUCCAAGAAAAAAAAAAAAAGGAAUAUCUUUAACCAUUUAAAGUCAUUUGGCCCAAAAUUACGAAAACAAUGACUCCUUCAAACACUACUAGGCCUCAAAUGGUGGGAAACCCACAAAACAGAAGAAGGCGAGGAAUUGACAAACCAGACAGCCCAUAAAUGAAAAACAUGGCAGAAGCUCGGAUUCCAAAAUCAUGAAUCUUUCAUCUGCUCUGUUUUAGGGCUUACAAUUAUUUUACCCUCCCAAACUGUGGAAACAUCGAUUUUCCUGACUGGGGUUUUCUACGGUCGGUGGCAAAGGAUAUAAGUUACUUCCAUUACUUAACAAGAUGUCUAAAGCUCAAGAUCCAUUUUAUAUUGUCAAAGAAGAGAUUCAAGAAUCUAUUGAUAAAUUGCAAUCAAGUUUUCACCAAUGGGAAAGGUUUCCUCCUGACACUGGAGAGCAAGUACAUCUCGCAAAAGAGCUACUUGCUAAUUGUGAGAGCGUUCAAUGGCAGGUGGAUGAAUUGGACAAAGCAAUUUCUGUGGCAGCUAGAGAUCCUUCUUGGUACGGCAUUGAUGAAGCAGAACUUGUAAAGCGGAGGAGAUGGACCAGCACUGCCCGUACUCAGGUGGGAAAUGUGAAGAAAGCUGUAGUAGCUGGAAAAGAGAAUGGUAAUUGUGCAAGUGUGAUGCGUCGAGAAUUAAUGAGACUGCCAAAUUUACACCAGCCAGAUAGGUCCAACCUGUAUACUGCAGAAGAUAAUGAUGACUUUAUAGCAUCAGAAUCAGAUAGACAAAUGCUUCUUAUUAAGCAGCAGGAUGAGGAGUUGGAUGAGCUCAGUGCAAGUGUUGAGAGAAUAGGAGGUGUUGGGCUUACUAUACAUGAAGAACUUCUUGCACAGGAGAAGAUAAUAGAUGAGUUGGGUACUGAAAUGGACAGCACAACAAACCGACUGGAUUUUGUUCAGAAAAAAGUGGCUAUGAUUAUGAAGAAGGCCAGCGCUAAGGGCCAGAUUAUGAUGAUAUUAGUUUUGCUAGUUUUGUUCAUUAUUCUUUUUAUUCUGGUCUUCUUCACUUAGGCUGGAGAGAAGGCCUAGUCUUAUGAUGUUCAUACACGAGAGAUGAAUCUGAUAUUUGGAAAUAACCAUGGGAGUUAUGGAAUACAUAGGAAUUGGUUGGUGUGAUCUCUAUUGUUGAAAAAACUCUGAUCUGAAAAAGAAUGAAGAAAUUUUUGUGUCUUCUUGGUUUUCAAAAAUUGUCGAACUUGAUUAGGACCAUCUAAGAUAGGCGCAUAUUGUUAGUAUUUGAUUCUCCUUUGCAAUUUUGUGUUUCUUCUGUAGUUGCCAUGGCUAGUUAUUAAAGACUUGCAAUAUAUGGGUUUGCAUCGAGUUCUUCUACUUGCAUUUGUGCACAAUGAGCUUACAAUCCAUCAGAGGCGCAUUCUUUUGUUU